GACGACGGUACUUUUGUGAGAAAUAAUGUGAACCGGCCACAGCUGCUUUUUAUAUUGUUGCAGUGAUAUAUGAUAUUAUUAUUGUCGAUAUUCCAAAAUGGCUACAAUAUUUUCCGUUCUUAAAAUUACGCUUUUAAUAAUUUUCAUAAUACUUUAUUUAAAAACAUAUGCUGAAGCUAAUCAGCAAAACAAAACAGUUGCUAAAAACCAUCAUGUUAGGAGAUCAAGUGUGGACGACAGCUUUUUCGAAAACCAAAAAAAGGAAUCCUAUAAAUCGUACCAGCCUGUUGCUAUCAAAUACCACAAAACCUAUCCAAGGGCCGAUGAACGUACGGAAUACGAUACAAAUUCUUACGAUAAUGAUUACGAUGCAGUUGUAUCAAAUUUCACGUCUUCCAUUUACGAUGAUAAUCCGCCUCUCUACCCUAAUCCUGAAGAUUUUACUAAAAACCUAGCUUUUAAAGGUGAGAAUAAAGAACAAAACGAAGUUGACUUGCCAGAUGAUUCUUUAGCAGAUGCUGAUCUCAAAGAACACAAUAUAAUCGAUAGUGUGACUUAUCUCUACGGGUUUAGUAAUUGCCAAGGAUCAAAAAAUGGAUGGAUUAUUUUGAUUGUCAUAAACACAGCAAUAUCUUGCACCCUGCUGGUCGUAGCUAUGCUGUGGUUGUUAAUUAGCGAAUUUGCGGCAAAAUUCCGACAAGAGAGUAAACUGUAUCCUAUUACAAUCAACCUUUGCAGCUGUUUUAUCGCCUGCGCUCUUAUUUACGCUAAAGCAAUAGGGGGUUCUUCAUCGCCUUAUGUCUGUGAGAAGAUUGCUUUGCUACUGCAUUAUACUUAUCUAACUUGUUCCACCUGGAUAGUGACAAUGGCGGCUGCUUUAACGGAAUAUUGUGCUUACGAUUCUAUAAUACCAUUAAAAUAUAACUAUCUAUUUGCCUAUGGUAUACCUGCGUUUGUUGUUAUGUUUAACUACGCAAUUUCAUUGGAACAAUACGAAAUUAAACACUAUUGUUGGAUGUCGUUGGAAAAGGGUAUGGUCAUGGGUUUUAUGAUGCCUGCGAUGCUACUGAUCGUUCUUAAUACUGGGAUAAUCUUACUCGGCCUAAGAUUGGUUCAUAGGAAACAAUCCGAAGCUAUCCAAGCUAGAUUACAAGAACUUUUGGAUCGUCAGGAAGCGAACUUUCGCAGAACCGAACAAGUUAGCGAUAAUAUUAGAAUGAAUGAAAACAAUGAAAUGAUAGACAAUCUUUAUGCCGCUGGAACCAGCAGAAAAAAUACUGAUAGUUCUGAAACUUUGGACAAGGAUUACAACGCGAGCGACGAUAAUUGCUACAUUAACAUUGAUUUGCCCAACGAGUGUAAUAUCGAUGAAGGAAUGGAACCGAAUAUGCAAGAUAAGGAAGGACAAUACCGCAACGGUGGGAAUGCGACAUAUUUGGAACCUAUUUGGAUGAAAUUUAACUGGGGCACUGAAGGCAAUGAUCUCAAAACUUAUUUAAACCUUUGCUUGGUACUGGAACCAUUCUUCGCUAUUAAUUGGGUAAUGGGAGUAGCCGCCAUUGAAAACGCCGCGCAUUGGACUACUCCUACCAUCUAUUUGGUCCUCUCCUUGACUAUGUACGUGUAUUUCGCUGUGACUAUCUGCUCUAACUUACCAAUACUGGCUGAAAAGACACCCGUUGCUGUUGUGACCUCCACUUGCGUCAACGAUAUUGUCGGAGAACCGACCAUUAUUCCAACUAGGACGACCGACAACAUUCCCUUACUGGACCCGGCGGUACAACAACCCAACGGAACUCCCGCACCGGCGGACACCAUUAGCACAAUCAGUAUUUAAAAAUAUUACCAAAAAUUUUGAUUACCACAUUCAGAAACCAAUCUAUGGUUUGUCAAAGAUUUUGACAGUUGACUUCGAAACUGGAGGGAAAAGAUGUUUAAAU